AUGAAGGCAUCCAUGGUUCUCUCCCUCAUUGGCUGCUUGGUGGUUCCAAGUGGUGCUCACAUCUUGGGGCGUUGUGUAGUGGCUCAGAAGCUCAAGCAAGGAGGCCUGGAUUAUUUUGAGGGCUACAGCCUUGAAAACUGGGUGUGUCUGGCUUAUUUUGAGAGCAAGUUCAACCCCACAGCUGUCUAUGAAAAUCCACAUCGAGGGUACACAGGCUACGGCCUCUUUCAAAUCCGCAACAAUGAGUGGUGUGGCCAUGGCAAGAGCCUCUGUGCCGUGCAAUGUUCUGCUUUACUGAAUCCGAAUUUACAGAAGACAAUUGAAUGUGUCAAGAGAAUUGUAAAAGGGAAAGAUGGGAUGGGGUCAUGGCCCACCUGGUCCCACUUCUGCCAGUACUCCGACACUCUGGCACGAUGGCUAGAUGGUUGCAAGCUGUAGCCACCUGAUGGUUCCCAUAACACUCACCAGUUGCAUCUUAUGAAUGAAGAUGCUUUUCUGUUUGCUGCUUCAGUCAAUCCUGUUGAUUAUCUCACCACCUGACAGCUCCAGAUGGAAAAGGAUAAAAGUUUGCUUCAUCCAGGGAUGUGGGAUGCAGAAUAAACCAAGGUAGUU